AUGGCGUGGACCGAAGUCGCGUUAGCGGCGAUGCUCUUCGUCGUGGGUGUCAUCUCCUCGCCCGCAUUCGUGCCGGAGCCCUCCAGAGGUGAGCGAAAGACGCGCCUCGUGUUCAGGGUAAAAUAUUUAAAUAUCCGAGUGCUGAAGUGCUUGAGUAAGCGAUCGAUUGACAAUUCUUAUUCGUGUACAGAAUUGCUACCACCCAAGAUCGACAGCGAGCCUACUUUGGCGACUGACCUAAUGGCGCCAGAGGAAGACAAGCUUCUGAAAAGUCCGGCCACGUUAUUUUUAAUCAAUAUUUACGGAGUGAAGAACCACACGGCCGAGGAUUCCAAUGACGUUUUACACGAAGACAUUAUGAAGGAGUUACCUGACAACGUUACAGAGCCACUGAGCAUGGUCCUGCUGAUCGUCGAGGCCGAGAACGAGGAUCAUCCGACGAGCUUGGACGAGAUCGCCAAGGACCUCGCGGAGGAGGGCUUCACCGUCGAGAAAAUCAGCAAGGAGGGCGAGACCCAGCUCAUCAAAGUCGACCUCGACUCCGUCGACGGCAACACCAAGUCCGAGGAUAACCAGGGCGAGGAGAGCGCGACCGAGGUCACCCAGUACGGCAAACUCAUGAAGGUGCGCAGGAAGAGGACCAUCUGCCUGGGAUGCGAUCUCGAUUACUACAGGUCCAGGAGACACGGCCACGGACACGGGCGCGUAGGACACGGAUACGGCUGUAUAGGCGGAUGCGGUGGAUUCAACCAAGUACCACCGCAAUACCCGCGACAACCGUACUACCCGCAGCAGCCGUACUACCCGCAACAGCCGUAUUAUCCUCAGCAAGGAAACAUCGGCGGUGGAUAUAAUUCCGGAGGCGGUAACGCCUACGCAUCCGCCCAAGCCUCUGCGCAAGCUUCCGCUUCCAGUUAUGGAGGAUAUUAAACAAUAGAAUUUGAAGUUUAUCGAUUAUUUUUAUACGUUUUAUGGAAUAAACAAGAGAUAAAGAUUUGUCGGGCAUUAGAGAUAUUUCGAGCUGAAAUUUCCAGC